GAGAGAGAGAGAGAGAGAGAGAGAGAGAGAGAGAGAGAGAGAAGCACUAGUAGUAGUAGUAGUAGUAGUAGUAGUAGUGAGAGUAGUAAGCAGAAGGUUGUGAUGAUGAGCAUGGAGAAGUUGGGAGAUGGUGGUGGUGAGUCUGAGAAGCUUUCUGGGGUCAACAGAUACGCCUGUGCUUGCGCCAUCGUUGCCUCCAUGGUCUCCAUCAUCUUUGGCUAUGACACUGGUGUCAUGAGUGGCGCCAUGAUUUUCAUUAAAGAGGACCUCAAGAUAAAAGACACGCGGGUCGCAAUCCUGGCCGGAAUCCUCAACAUUUGUGCCCUUGUGGGCUCUCUCAUCGCCGGAAGAACGUCUGACUACAUCGGCCGCCGUUACACCAUCGUUCUUGCCGCCGUCAUCUUCUUACUCGGUUCAGUCAUAAUGGGCUAUGGGCCAUCCUAUGCAAUCUUGAUGACGGGGCGGUGCAUCGCCGGCAUCGGGGUUGGCUUCGCCCUAAUGAUCGCGCCUGUGUACUCCGCAGAAAUCUCCUCCGCCACGCACCGAGGAUUCUUAACCUCUUUGCCAGAGAUAGGCAUAAGCGUUGGGAUCUUGCUUGGCUAUGUAUCGAAUUACUUCUUCGCAAAAUUGACCCUAAAGCUAGGGUGGAGGAUGAUGCUAGGUGUCGCGGCGAUCCCUUCCCUUGCCUUGGCAUUCGGGAUCCUUAAGAUGCCUGAAUCGCCAAGGUGGCUGGUAUUACAAGGCCGGCUGGCCGAGGCAAAAAGGGUCUUGCUCCUAGUUUGUAAUUCAGAGCAAGAAGCAGAAACCCGAUUCCAAGACAUAAAAAUAGCUGCCGGGAUCGACGAGAAUUGCAAGGAGGAUAUUGUCGAGCUUCCGAGGAAGACUCGCGGCGAAGGUGUGUGGAAAGAGCUCUUGCUAAGGCCCUCACCCUCUGUGCGGUGGAUCUUGUUGGCUGCGGUUGGGAUCCAUUUCUUCGAGCAUGCAACGGGGAUCGAAGCAGUCAUCCUCUACAGCCCGCGGAUAUUCAAGAAAGCCGGAGUGAUCAGCAAGAAAAGGCUCUUGCUUGCCACAGUUGGGGUUGGCCUCACAAAGCUCACAUUCAUAGUGAUAGCCACAUUAUUGCUUGACAAAGUUGGCAGGAGGAGAUUGCUCCUAGUGAGCUCUGGGGGGAUCAUCAUCGCCCUAACUGGAUUAGGGUUUUGCUUGACAAUGGUGGAGAAUGCCAAGGAGCAACUCUUGUGGGCUCUCAUCUCGAGCAUCAUGGCCACGUACACAUACGUGGCCUUCUUCUCGAUUGGGAUCGCCCCAGUCACAUGGGUCUACAGCUCGGAGAUAUUCCCAUUGAAGCUGAGGGCUCAGGGGGUGAGCAUCGGUGUCGCGGUGAACCGGCUCAUGAACGCGGUCGUGGCGAUGAGCUUCCUCUCGAUAGCAAACGGCAUGACCAUCGGUGGGAGCUUCUUCAUGUUUGCUUGCAUAUCCUUGUUGGCUCUGGGAUUCUUUUAUUUCUUCUUGCCUGAGACAAAAGGCAAGUCCUUGGAAGAGAUUGAGAUGCUCUUCACAAGGAGGAAUAGUAACACCGUGGACACAGGCAAAGAGAUCCAGCCAAACGUCUAGUGUAGACUGGAGACACUUGAAGUAGUAUAAGUUACACGUAAAUCUUUGACGUGCUCAAGAGUUGGAAUAUAUAUGUAAGGUUAUGCUUUAAGUUACAUAAAAAACCUUGUAAUUUAGUUCAAAUAUGGUUGAGAAAGUGUACAUAUCCAACUCUGAUCAAUAUCAAUGCUGCUUUUUCUUA